CAUAUAUCAAACCCUCUUCUCUUAUUAUUAACAAACUAUCUCAUUAAUGAAAUUUAAGUUUGAUUUGAAGUCCGUAAAAGAAUUUUAGAUAAAAUCAUGAGCCCAGCAAAUUCAAUCAACGGUCAAGAUCGAGAUCAUAUAAUCAACGGUCCACGUCCAUCGCCAUUGAAGAUCAACAGAGAAUCUCAUUCGAUUCAGAAACGUCAACCUGUGAUAAUCUACACUCAUUCUCCAAAGAUUAUCCAUACUCAACCUUGCGAUUUCAUGGCUCUUGUUCAGAAACUCACCGGAAAAUCCAGAUCCGAUGACGACGACAAUGACGACCAAAAUGACGACGAUGACGAUGAUCAAUCUUUUGGAUCUAAACGACAUUAUGAUUCUGCUAAUUCUUCUUCUUCAAACGACGUUAAAUUAGAGGAUUCUUCUUCUACUUCGGUUAUUACGACGGAGGAGAAUUAUAUUGGAAAAUCAGUAGGCGAAGCUUCGGUGGCGGCGAUUUCGAGUAGUGGUAAUAUUAAUUCUGGUCCUUAUUUUGGUGAUGUUCCUUUGUUUACUCCGACCGGCGGCGGCGAUUUCUUCUGCUCACCUCGGCAGCCUGGUUAUCGAUUUUCCGAUACGACGUCGUCUUUGUCGUUUCCGUCUCCGAAUUUGGGAGCUUCGCUUAAUUCGCCGUCGUUUCUUGAGUUCAUAAAAGGAUUACCUGAAUAUUAAUGAUUAUGAUUAUUAUUAUUAUUAUUAUUAUUAUUAUCGGUAAUUAAGCUUAAUAUAAUUUUAUAAUUAAUGUUUGGUUAAUUGUAAUUUUAGGUUCUCUUAAUUCAUUAAUUUUAUUUUUUAUUU